AACGAGCCAUGGUUGCUUCACAAGGGUUUUCCCCCUGAGUUGAGGCAAAAAAGUCCAAAACUAUCCAAGAGAGUGCCGAGAGUGCAGAUCUGACGAAAACAGCUGUAAGCAUGUGAGAGCACGAAAUGAAGUUGCGUUGCAACCAUACAAACAAGCUUAAGAGACUGGAAAGACUAGUUACUGCUUUUUUAUUGUUGGUUGGAGAGAUGAGCCAAUAAGGUAAGCAUGUAAAAACGAAAAAAAAAACAAAAAGAAAACGAACAAAACAACACAAUUAGCAAUAUUCUUUAAAUCACCGCACGGCAAUAACAAAACACAAUUGAACUCGCUCUUUUAACUUCAAAUUUCAAGUAAGAAAUUUCAAAAUAAAAACACCGAAAAAACUGGAAAGCGCUCGAUUGCUGAGAAGCGCAAGCAACAAUCAAGUGAGCGACCAUGAAGGCGAGUAGAGUGUGGGGCGUGCGGGAGCGCGAUUGAGCUACGCUCACAACUGGAGCGAUUUGGAUCAGCACUGCGGUUGGGUUUGGUCACCCAGCCGAUCGCACGCGCUCGUCGUUGCUAACGUACAUACAUAUGCACAUACCGGCAAGCGUAAAAGCUGCGACUCGUCGUUGACUUGCUGCCGUAUUAGAGACUUCAAUGCGCUUUUUACGGUCGCGGUUAGAGCCACGAGACACAAAGCCAUACACAAACAGUACAGUGGUAGACGUUUAACGGAGAACACACUGGAACACACAUCGAACUGACGAUCGAGUGAGCCAUUGUUGAAGCAAUAAACGCGAUUGAACGCGGCAAUGUACGACGAGUCAAAUUGAAGAAAAGAAGAAGAAAAGGCAAAAAACAAAAACAGAGCAGAUAAUAAAUAAUCAAAUGAAAAAUAAUUAAAAUAAUAUUAAAACCAUAAAAGCAAUAAACGUGAAUACACACUGGCACUUGCAUAUAAUAUAUGUAUAUAUGUUUAUGUAUAUUUGUAUCUCUGUGGAACCGUACAGUUUCGGGUUGCGGAAAUAAUAAUAAUUUUAAAUUUCAUAAAGACUGAUUUCGGCAGGAAAGCUUAAAUAGCGCUAAAGGCGAGUGUGCGGCAUUCACCACUUUUUUUGUAUUUGCUUUUGUUUUUAUUUUUUGUUGCUUUUGCUGAUUACGAGUAAUCAAUGACAUUUAAUGACACACGCAAGUUCAUAUGGGCUUACAUGAAUUCGUAAUCGAAAAAACGCUGAAGCAAACAAUGGCCAACAGUACAAAGUGCAAGCGGUGAAGCAAGCGAAAGAGUGAAACAAAAAAAUUUAAAAAAAAAAAAAAUUAAAAUAUGAAAAAAUUAUUCAGCAAAAAAGACAAGAACUGAAAAGAAAAAUUAAGAAAAAUAAAGAAAAAUAAAAAUAAAUAAAUAAAUAAAAAUCAAGAAAAAACUACAGGCAAUAAAUACCAAAAACAAAUACUACGUAAAAUAGACGGCGAAGCAAAUACCGGAAUAGCGAGGAGAUAACGUUCAAAAUAAAAUGCAAGACAGCUCGUUCGUUGUUUGCCCUGUCGUUAAGUAGUGGGUAGGCAGUGGAAAAAGGUUGCCGAGCGCGUCAAGAGGUUUUCGCCAACCUCUACAUAACAAGAACAACAACCACAACAACUAAACAAUCGAAGAGCGUUAAUUAAAUAGAAAAGCAAUAAGCGUAAGCAAACGUGUGAGAAAAGCAGACAUAACAACAAUAACAACAACUAUCACAGCAAAAAAAAAAAACAAGUUUCGAUAAUAAUAAUAAAUAAAAAAGACAAAGUAGAGCAAACAAUAAGUACGACUGUGUAGACGGGAGUGUGAAAAUUCUUAGUAACGCAAAGUGGCAGGAACGAGUUAAAAGGCCGGAGGCGGAUGUAGUGGCGAAUUGGGAUAUUGACGAAAAGUUUGCGGUUACUUGACACCGCUGCGAAGUUCACGAUCGUUACAGUCUCCACAUCAGUUGGUGGGUUGAGAAAAAGUGCAAACGUUUUGAGUUCGCUUUGGAUUAAGCGGUAAAAUAAGUCAGCGUGACCGGUGCACGCUUGGACGACGUAGAUAUCUGAAAGAAGAAGAGGUAGCAAUGAAAUGAUAUAUACAUACAUAUAUUUGUUGUAGAGAAGUUGUGAUAUAAGAAGUAGUUUUAGAAGAAAAGCUUUCUGUGAAAUAAAAUAAUAUUUAAAUAAUAACAGACAACUGGUAAUAUUAUACAAUUAUUUACACUAACAUUAAUUUAAAAAACAACAAGCAACGAAACUAAAAACAAAGCUUAAACUCAAAGUCUAAAAAUUUUCCAGCAACAAGUGAUAGCAGCAGAGCGCGCUCAUGAUUAUUAAUUGCGUUUUAGAAAAAACAAAACCAGACAAACAAACAAACAACUAAUUCAUCUACGGAAAAAAACGAAUGCUUAUUGCACAACGUUUUCCCGCAAGCAUAAGUAUAUACAUAUGUGAUAAAGCAAGCAAAAUUAGAAAAAAAUAAAGCAGAAUAAAAUUCAAACAAAAAAAAAAUAAAUAAUUAAAAUAAAAAAUUUACAAAAAUUUAGUGCAAUAAUAAAAUAACAAAACGAAAAUAAUGACAAUUUGAACUUCCAUAAAAACAACGCUGCUCACACACAAACACACAUGCACACAUAGAGCUAACUGUAAACAAGCGAUGACAUUGACACUCACAACUAGUGGGCAAAAAAAAAUAAAAUAAAAAAAAUAAAUAAAUAUAAUAAUUAGCAAAAAAUAGCACAAACACACACAGAGCACAACUAAACAGCGAAUCUGAAAUCUCGCCGACAGACAGAUACCCAAGGGAGCCGAGUGAGCUUUUAGCCGCCGACUAGCCAACAUCAGAAACUGGUUUACAACGCAAGGUCAGCCAGUUACAGCCGCCGCCAUAUAAAGCGCGUAGCAGAAUAUAAACAAAAUCAAAAAAUUCAAAUAUUUUUACCGUUACACGCGCAACACAUUGCUAUUUCCGAAAGCGAAACCGAAAAACACCAAAUCCUUUGUGACACCUCAACCAAAAUGGAAACGACACACGCUAUGUGGUAUAGUUGUAAUGAGGAAAUGCAGCUAUGCAAUGACAACAACGGCAGCAAUCCGGGCAACAACACCAAUAACAGCGACGCUAAUGAGCCGAACAAUAAUGACAAUAACAACAACAGCAGCCGUGGCAAUAGCAAUUGCACUAAAAAUGCCAACCCAACUGAGUUGGCCGACUCGUCAGUGACAGCACAAGUCACAUUUAAUCACAGCAAGGCAAGCGAACUACGCCAGAAACGUUUACAACGUCAGCACGAACAGCAGCAUAGUUCACAAGCGCAAGCGGAAACGCAAUCACCUGAUAUUUCUAGAACGAAACAAACUCCAGCAGCAGCAGCAGCGGCAGCAGUAACGCAGCAGAGUGUACCUGUUUCAAACCUGUUUGAGAAGUCGCAUAGUUCACCCAGCGUAUUUGGCACACAGCGUUUGUCGCGUCGCAAGCGUCUGCAACGUCAAAAGCCCACCGACCUGGACGAUGCCGAUUUCGCCUACGCUGCCGAUUUGGAAGAGGAGGAUGAAGAUGAGGAGACGGAAUUGGUGAAGCAACAACAGCAACAGUGCGUACCACAACACACGGGCGCCACGCGUCAGCCGAACACACGUGCAUUUGGAGAACAAUGCAUGCCACACUUUUCACACCAGCGCACGGCCUUCGACGGUCAGCCAUCAUCCUUGCCGAAUUCCUUUACAACCGCCGCCACAAUUACUACUUUUCAACAUCAUCAGCAUCAACAUCACAAUCACCAGCAUCAGUUUCAUCACCACCAACAACGCGAACGUCGCCUCAAGCAUGAGGAAUCCUUCGACUCCUCAACCACUACCACAACAAACACCACCGACACGGCCACCAGUCCGGCUAGCCCGUCGUUGCGUCGCCACCACUUUGCCAUGCUGAAUCGCGAUAACUCCACACACUCUGAAUCGUCGAGCCGCUACUCGAGUGUGGAUAGUUUGUUGGAGGCACGCAAACCUGACCCUGAGGCUAUAUUGAUUAAUUUGGGUUUCGGUCCAGUCGGCUCGGAAGAUAUACUCUCACGCAUACCAAAACGCUUCCUCAAGCCGUCACAAGUGCGCGGCAUCGAUACAGAGGCUUUCGUACGUCGCCUGCAGCUGGCCAGCAAUCUUGCCGAUCACAGCGUGCUCGGCUAUCGUGGGCUCACCGGCAAUCCGGAUAUACCGCCAUCGCGUAUUGUCGCCAAAAUCAUGCAACGUUUCGAGGUGAACGAGCGCAAAAAGUCAAUGGGCUCCAUAGAACAAACCAUUUGACCGCGCAUAUGACCGGAAUUCAUUUGUUCUCACCAGUGCCAAAAUGGAAAAGUACUUUUAUGAUCUAAUCAUUUAGCUUUUAAGGAA